AUGCACACGGAGCGGCGACAUCGCCAUCGGGGCCGUGGUACGGUGACCGGGCAUCAGACUACCGGCGGUACCAACGCGAUCACGGCCACCGCCAUCACAGCGCAGCAGCCCGCCAUCCAUCCCACCGUCUGGGAGAUACUGUCCGCCGAGCUGAUCCUUUCGAACGAACCGGAAGGUACGCCGGAACUGCCAGCGGCCAACAGGGCCCUCUUCCUCGAGAAGGUGCGCCAGUCAAAUACCGCGUGCCAGAAUGGUGACUUCAGUACCGCCGUCCAGCUGUACACGGACGCGCUCGGGCUGGACCCGGGCAACCACAUCCUCUACAGCAACCGUUCGGCGGCCCGGUUAAAGCAGGGCCAGUUUGCGCUCGCCCUGCAGGACGCAACGCGCGCCCGGGAACUGUGCCCGCAGUGGCCCAAGGCGUACUUCCGGCAGGGUGUCGCGCUGCAGUGUCUCGGCCGGUACGGCGAGGCGCUCGCCGCGUUCAGCGCCGGCCUCGCGCAAGAUCCGAACAGCAAACAGCUGCUGGCCGGGCUGGUGGAGGCCUCGAUCAAGAGCCCGCUGCGGCACGCACUCGAACCAACGUUCCAGCAGCUGAAGGCGAUGAAACUCGACCAGUCGCCGUUCGUCGUGAUAUCGGUGGUCGGGCAGGAGCUGCUCGGUGCCGGUCAGUACCACGCCGCCGUUACCGUGCUCGAGUCGGCGCUCCGGAUCGGUUCCUGCUCGCUGAAGCUGCGCGGGUCCGUGUUUUCCGCGCUGAGUUCCGCCCACUGGGCGCUGAACCAGCUGGACAAGGCGAUCGCUUACAUGCAGCAGGACCUGGCGGUGGCCAAAAGCCUCGGCGAUACCGCGGGUGAGUGUCGGGCGCACGGUAACCUCGGCUCGGCCUACUUCAGCCAGGGUUCGUACAAGGAGGCGCUCACGUCCCACCGGUACCAGCUGGUGCUGGCGAUGAAGUGUAAGGAUACGCAGGCGGCUGCCGCUGCCCUUACCUCGCUCGGCCACGUCUACACGGCGAUCGGUGACUAUCCGAAUGCGCUCGCCUCCCACAAGCAGUGCGUGCAGCUGGUGAAACAGAUGGGCGAUCGGUUGCAGGAGGCGCGCGAGAUCGGCAACGUCGGUGCAGUGUACUUGGCGAUGGGCGAGUUCGACUCUGCGGUCGACUGCCACACGCAGCAUCUGCGGCUGGCCCGGAAGCUUGGCAACCAGGUGGAGGAGGCCCGGGCGUACAGCAAUCUCGGGUCGAGCUACCACUACAAGCGCAACUUCACGCAGGCGAUCACCUACCACGAAAGCGUGCUGCGGAUAGCGCAGCAGCUUGGGGACCGUGCGAUCGAGGCGCGGGCCUACGCCGGUCUCGGACACGCGGCACGCUGCGGCCAUGACUUUGUGCAGGCGAAGCGGUGGCACGAGAAGCAGCUCGAGAUGGCGCUGGCCGCCCGUGAUAAGGUGGGUGAGGGGCGGGCCUGUUCCAACCUGGGCAUCGUGUAUCAGCUGCUCGGGGAGCACGAUGCGGCACUCAAGCUGCACCAAGCGCAUCUCACGAUCGCACGCCAGCUGCAGGACAAGGCCGGCAUGGGUCGGGCGUACGGUAACAUCGGCAACGCGUACUCGGCCGCCGGGUACUACGAGUCCGCGAUCAAGUACCACAAGCAGGAGCUCAUCAUCAGCAAGGAGGUGCACGACCGUAGCGCGGAAGCGUCCACGCACGGGAACCUGGCGGUCGCGUAUCAGGCACUCGGUGCACACGACAUGGCGCUGAUGCACUACCGGGCCCACCUCAACAUUGCCCGCGAGCUGAAAGACACGGCCGGCGAGGCGUGCGCAUUGCUCAACUUGGGCAACUGUCUGAGCUCGAGGCAAGAGUUUGCCCAAGCCGUGCCGUACUACGAGCAGUACCUGAUGCUCUCGCAGGAGCUGGGUGAUGUGGCGGCCGAAGGUAAGGCGUGCCACUUUCUCGGCUACGCACACUACUGCAUCGGCAACUACCGGGAAGCGGUGCGGUACUACGAUCAGGAUCUGGCGCUCGCGAAGGAUCUCCAGAACAAGAUGAACAUGGGCCGGGCGUACUGCAACCUGGGGCUAGCGCAUCUGGCCCUCGGCAACACCGGCGGUGCGCUGGAGUGCCAGAAGUAUUUCCUCGCCAUCGCCCACAUGACCAACCAUCUGCCGGGGAAGUUUCGGGCACUCGGCAACAUUGGCGAUGUGCUGAUCCGGAUGGGCGAUGUGGAUGAGGCGAUCAAGAUGUACCAACGGCAGCUGGCACUCGCCAGACAAACCCGCGAGCGGGGCAUGGAAGCGGCAGCCUGCGGCGCACUCGGGCUCGCCCAUCGGCUGCUGAAAAAGCUCGACAAGGCGCUCGGUUACCACACGCAGGAGCUGACGCUGCGGCAGGAGAUGAGCGAUCUGCCGGGCGAGUGCCGGGCACACGGGCAUCUCGGGGCGGUGCACAUGGCGCUCGGUAACUAUACGCACGCGGUCAAAUGCUACCAGGAGCAGCUGGAACGCGCCCAAGAGCUGCAAGACUCUGCGGUCGAAGCGCAAGCCUUCGGCAACCUUGGUAUCGCGCGGCUCAAUAUGGGCCACUACGAGGAUGCGAUCGGGUAUCUCGAGCAGCAGCUGGGCACGCUGGAGCAGGUGAACACCCCCACGGCACAGCACGAUCGGGCGAGGGCCCUCGGGCAUCUGGGCGACUGUUACGACGCGCUCGGCGACUACCACACGGAAGCGAUCAAGUGUCACGAGCGCCACCUGCAGCUCGCCAUCGCACUGCAGAGCCCCCGUGACCAGGAACGGGCGUACCGGGGGCUCGGCAACUGCUACAAAUCCGUCGGCAACCUGCAGGAGGCGCUUGUGUGCCUGGAGAAACGGCUCGUGGUAUCGCACGAGCUGGGCAACCCGGAAGCAAAGGCGGCUGCGUACGGUGAUCUGGGCGGCAUACACAGUGCGCUGGGCAACUACGAGCAGGCGAUCAACUGUCUCGAGCAUCAGCGUGACAUUGCCCGCGAGCUCGGCGAUCGUGUCCUGACGUCGGACGCGAUCAGUGGCCUGGGGGCGGUGUUCCAGCAGAUGGGCGACUACGACGAGUCGCUGCGGCUGCACAAGCAGGACCUCGAGCUGGGCGAGACCAUCAGCCAUAGCACGCUGCAGGCGCGCGCCUGCGGAAACCUCGGCUCCGUGUACGAUGCACUGCGGAACUACGCGGAGUCCGCCCGGUACUACGAGAAGCAACUCACGCUGACGUCCGAUCGGCAGACGAAGGCCCACGCCUGCCUCGCGCUGGGCCGAGUCUAUCACUCGAUGGAGCAAGUACCGCAAGCCGUCGGUUUCCUACGCCAGGGUCUAGCCAUCGCCCAAUCGCUCAACAAGCUAGAGGACGAGGCAAAGCUCCGGUACCGUCUCGGCCUCUCGUUGGUCGCCUCCGGUGAUGACGAUGCGGCACGCCAGCAGAUGGAGAGUGCCGCACAGAUCCUCGAGUCGAUACGCAGCGACCAGGUCACGCCGGAGGCGCGUACCCAGCUGUACGACCUGCAAACGUCCUGCUACCAGACGCUGCAGCGCGUUCUGGUUGGGUUGGGCCGCACGGAGGAGGCGCUGGUCGCGGCCGAACGCUGCCGGUCCCGUAUGGGUGCCGACUCGAACCAGAGCGCGGAGAAUUCGCUCAACAACCGGAAAACGUUGCUCACCUGCAGCGAGUACAUCUUCGACACGGUCAAUCGCAGCAAGACGAGCAUCAUCUACUACAGCCUCGCCGGUACCGAUCUGUACGCGUGGUUCCUGCAGCCCCAGAAGCGCAUCGUGCGCUUCCACGCGACCAAACUCGACGAGCAAACGCUACCGAUGGUGAAGAAGAAGGCGCUGCUAGGGGCGUCGGGGACGGUUCCGUCGGACAAGAAAGCGACCGCGCUGGAGGACGGGACGGGUGAGCACCACAGCCUGCUGGAGCAGUACAUCAACUUUGUGCGCGACUGUUUGGGCGUGAACUCGGGCAGCGUGUUGCAGGAGGGCGAUGGGAGCGGGUGGAAGUCGUCGAACGAGAACCUGAUCGAUGACUUCACGAACGAGCGGGCUGGGUUUCUGCGCAUGGUCAACCGGAACCAUCUGCUCAACUCGAGCAACUACUCGCUGAGUUCGCUCUUCAGUCUCGGCAGUGUCGGUGGCUCGGUCGCAAGUCUGCAGGGUUCAACAAGGUCUAUUGGAAGCCUGCAGGGAUCGACACGGUCGAGACGGUCGAACAUGCUGCCACCGUGGCAAGGACCGUCCUGUUUACACGUCCUGUACAAUCUGCUGCUAGCUCCGUUCGAAGAUCUGCUGCCGGAUAUCAGCACAACUGCUCGAAUUGGACGUCGCGAGUUGAUUCUAGUACUGGAGAAGGAACUCUACCUGGUCCCGUUUGCUAUCCUGCGCAGCGGCGAUGAGGAUGGCGAAUAUCUGUCCGAACGUUGCUCGUUGCUGACCGUCCCGUCGUUGCACACACUGCGGCAAAAGAGUCGCAUCAAAACGCGUGAACCUGCGGACGGACUCAACAGUGCGCUCGUAAUCGGUGGACCGAAGAUACCGUCCGCGCUGUCCGAAACCUGGGGCUGGUCGGAUUCGCCCGCCUCACUGCAGGAAGCGGCCAUGGUGUCCGAUAUGCUCAACACGAAACCGCUGGUCAGCUCGAGUGCCACCAAAGAGUCGAUCGUGUCCGAGCUGCCCGCGGCGGAAUGUGUCCACUUUGCGGCGAACGUUAGCUGGAAGCUCGGUGCGGUCGUGCUCAGCCCCGGCGAGGUGCUCGAUUCGCAGUCGCAGAAGCGCUUCUACCCGAACGCGGCCGGCGAGCUGCUGGGCGGCGACAACGAUGAGGAGACGACCGAUCUGUCCACCUCGAACAUGGAGAUACCGCCGCUGUCCGACUUCAUUCUCAGUGCGGCCGAUCUGCUAUCGAUGAAGCUGACCGCGAAGCUGGUCGUGCUGAGCUCGUACCAUUCGGUGGAACCCAUCACCGGCAGUGGUGUGGCCAAUCUGGCCGGCAGCUGGCUGUUUGCCGGUACGGGCGCCGUACUCGUAUCGCUGUGGCCCGUGCCGGAAACGGCGGCCAAAAUUUUGCUGCGCGCCUUCUACUCAGCGCUGCUGCAGGGUACGCGCGCCGCACGGGCCCUAGCGGAAGCGAUGCAAACCGUACAGCACACGAAACACUUCGCCCAUCCGGCGAACUGGGCCGGUUUCAUACUGAUCGGCGGUAACGUGCGGCUCUCGAACAAGGUUGCGCUCAUCGGGCAGGCGCUGUGCGAGCUGAUGCGCACCCCGGACAAGUGUCGCGAUGCGUUGCGCGUGUGUUUGCAUCUGGUGGAGAAGAGCCUGCAGCGCAUACACCGCGGACAGAAGAACGCGAUGUACACCACGCAGAAGAGCAUCGACAACAAGGCGGGCCCGGUAAGCGGGUGGAAGGAUCUGCUGAUGGCGGUCGGGUUUCGCUUCGAACCGGCCGCCAACGGCAUCCCGUCGAGCGUGUUCUUCCCGCAGAGCGAUCCGGAGGACCGGCUGUCGCAGUGUUCCGCCAGCCUGCAGGCAUUGCUCGGCUUGUCCCCGACGACACUGCACGCGCUGUCCAAGCUGGUGCACGGGGCGGAAAUAGCGGACGAGAUCAUAGGCGUGAUGCGGAACGUGGUCGCACAGUUCCCAUCGAAAGCGACCGAUAGCGAGGGUGCGAUCGAUGUACCGCUCAGCGUACGGCUGUGGCGUGUGUCCGGAUGUCACGAGCUGCUCGCGUCGCUCGGUUUCGACCUGAUGGAGGUGGGCCAAGACCAGGUGACACUGCGCACCGGCAAACAGGCGAACCGGCGCAACUGCCAGUUCGUGCUGCAAGCCCUGUUGGCGCUGUUCGACACGCAGGAAGCACCGAAGAGCCUGGGCAUCGAGUCGAGCAGCAGCUCGGAGUCGCUGAACGAAGAGGAGCAGGCCGACGAGCAAAGUGCGCACCAGCAGCAAUCCGUCCAGCAGUCGCAGCAAUCGCAACAAACCGCACAACAGCAGCAACAGCAGCAAUCUUCGCAACAGUCCCAGCAGCAGCAGCAGCAGUUGAAACCGUCGUCCGGCGCGAGCCCAACGCCGACGAGCGGUGAUUCGCAGCAGCGGAGCAUCUCCCCGGCGGUGACGGUAAAGUCGCAGACGAGUUACAACUUCUCGCGCCCACCGCUACCCCUGCGUCGCGUACCGUUCCUGAGCACCCGCAGUGCCUUCAUCUCGUACGUCCGGCGCCGUGGUGAACCGGACGGGGGACAAACGGACAGUGCGCAGUCCGUGCCGAACGGGAAUGGCGUCCCGAACGGGAACGUGCUCGAUACGAGCCUGGCCAACACGACCGACAGCGAGCUGUCCGAUGGGUAUACGACGCAGCAGAUACUGCUGAAAAGCGACCAUCUCGCGAAGGGCCUCGGGUACUCGAGCCUGCGCGGCACGAUCAAGGUGUCGCGACCGGGUGGCGGCGGGGAAAGCGAUGCCGCGUUCACACCGAGCCCACCGGUAACGAUACAGAACGUGGACCAAAACGUGUCGCUGGCGUUGGCGCACCAGACGCGCAUCAAGAAUCUCUACACGAACAAUGGCACCGUGCACGGUGUGGCCGGUGCGUUGAAUGGUGUGCACGGUCCGGCGACCGCCACCGGUAUGGUGAUGGGUGGCGCCGGGUCAUACACGCUCCCGGAUACGCUGCGCGACGGCGUUCACCAUCACCCGAAUCCGGGCCAUCACCGGCGGCCGGAUAGUUCCAGCUCGGCAAGCUCGGCAACCGAUUGGGAGGGUUCGGGCCAUGCGACCGUUCUGCGACGGGCGGCACACCAAGGCCAUCACCUGCCGCCAUUGCCACCACCGCGCCAAACGCUCCCGAUGGUGGAAAGCUUACGGCCGCUGGCACCGCUCGCCCCGGUGUACAACAACAUUAACGGUGCGGUCGGUCCGGCCGGUCCCGCCGGCAAGAGUUCCGUCCCGAACGGGGGCCAAAAAUCACUCUCGGUGCUGGAGUCGACCAGUUCCGAUUCGGAGUUCGAGCGUUCGUUUGAUCUGCCCGGUUCCGGUGCGUCCAAUGCUGCGUCCAUCAGCAGCAAGCUGACAUCGUUGGCGCACAGUCUGCAGAGCAUGCGAACGCGCAACAAGCUGAAACUGGGUCCGGCGCCCCACGGACAGCAUCUCCCGCCACAGCAGCAGCAGCAGCAGCAACAACACCAACAACUGCACGGCCAACAGCAAUCACACGGCCAGCUGCACGGUCAGCAUCAGCUGCACGGUACGUCGGCGGGAUCGGCCACGACGAUGUCCCGCUCGAAGCACCCGGUCGAUCAGUUCGGUUUCCUCGACCGGCUCAGCUGCCGGACGGAGAUUUCCUCCUCCGCCACCCUCGGCAGUCACGUUGCCCCACCCCGGAAGCCACUCUCCACGCUUCCGGACGAUGAGCGGACGCUCAACCUGAACGCCAACAAGCUCUACUUCUCACCGACCGACGCCGAGAUGCUUCCGCUGGCGGAAGCGUCCCCAUCCGACCUGGGCCUGGGCACCAAAUCGCACGCCCCGUCCAUCGGUCCACCGAUGGUGGGAUCGGCAGGUGUCGGCAGCCUCGGCGUACCGGGCACCACCGCCAAGGACGGUACGAAAUCGAACCAGAAAACGAUCCAGGACUCGAUCCUGCGCCAUAUGUCGCGCGAGAUGACGCCAACCAUCUCGGAGGUGUACCACGAGCGCAAUAUCGGGCUCGGGUUGGCACCGUCACUGUCCAAGCUGCUGCUCAGCAAAAACUACGACGAAGCGCCGGAAUUGGGUGGUAAGGGUAGCAACGCCGUGACGGUGGCGGCAGCUUCGGCUGCGGCUGCCGCUGCCUCGAUGCUGAACAAACCGAGCGCCGCCCUGACGGUGGGCAAUCUGGCCGAGGCGAUGAACGAGAUCGAGAUGAAUGCGACCACCGCGGGCAAGCUGGACGAGGGCGCCUGUGCGAUCUGUCACUCGCCGUCCGAUCUGCUGUGCGGGUGCAGUGCCACCUCGACCGUAGCGGCCGUUGCCGCCAUGACGGCUGCCCUCGGUGCCAACACCACGACCAUGGCCAAAAAGCCGAGCUCCAACAAACCCUGGCUCAGUAACGUGUCGCCCAACAUCGUGAAGGCGAGCGAUCUUACCACCGCCGACAUACUCGAGCAGCAGAAGCAGCUGAAAUCGUCCGUCAGCAGCGGGCUGACGAGCAAUCUGUCCUCCUCCACGGAGAACUCGCUCUCGACCGUGGUGAAACGGAGCGGCUCACCGUUUUCCGAUUUAUCGCGCCGUGACGAGGGUGACGGUCGUAGCGUUGCCGAUUCGCAGUGUUCCGGUAGCUUCCGGACCGACAUUACCGGUUCCACCGUAACCACCUCCAAGAGUCAGCAACAGAUGGUGUCGUCCCAGCAGCAGCAGCAGCAACAACAGCAGCAACCAUCGCAGCAGCAACACCAGAAACAACAGCAACCAUCGCAGCAACAGCAGACUGGUGGUAGUGAACAGCACAGUGCAACCGGCCCAUCCGUCACCACGACGACCGUAACGCAGCAACGGGGCAAGUACAUCAUCGAUACGUGA